GUUUGUAUCGUGUAUUCCCCGAUCCAGGUACAUUGUUGUUCGUCGUUUCCCGUGAACGCGCCGGUAGCUGAUGUCAUUGGAACAGGUGCGCGAAACCCAAGUUCACAACAGUCGCCCUGGAUCGCGAGAGAUUACACACGGAUGUGAGUGUUUUUCUACGGCGUUUCGUUCAUCAGCCGGUAUUACGAAGCGAUUUGAGGCUGUAUUAUUUUUACGUGCCUGGAUGAAGUAGGCUGUUCAGCCUCGGCUGGUAGUUUAUUGCUUUUUCCGUGUCUUUUUCUCCUAGAAAGCGCUUGUUUGGAUCGUCUGCAGACGAUAUUUGGCGACACUUCUCGGUGAGCAGUAAGGUCUACAAUAGAUUUUGUUAAGGCAAUGAAGAGCCCAUUUACCUUCGUGUGAGCUCGUGAUUCAAUUCCGAUGACUUAACGUGAAUUUUGACUGAACCAUCCAGGAAAUAUAUUUUUCAAGGACCGAGCGAUGCCGACUCGGAAGUUUUAAAACGUUUCUUUUUCACCAAGACAUGGGAAUGAAGUCGCUUUGCUGUGCUGCGCUUUAAACGCGUUUGCAUUAGGAAAUAACCUGCUUUUCUGUAUUUUAUUAAAAGACUCGUUUACGAAAGAGAUUAAUCAUGUCCAAGACGCUGAAAAAGAAGAAACAUUGGUCCAGUAAAGUGCAGGAAUGCGCUGUUUCGUGGGGUAACGCCGAGGAGCUCAGCGCCGUGCUGGAGAUACGCGGGGGAGCCGAGCACGGAGAGUUCCCGCACCUGGGACAGGUGUUACCGGACGCGUUAGUGUGCCAUGUCGGCUGGCUACCUGGUCCCGGAGAUGUGCUUCUGGAGGUAAACGGCACGCCUGUCAGCGGACUGACAAACAGAGACACCCUCGCCGUCGUCCGCCACUUUCGUGAACCCCUCCGCCUGAAGACCGUCAAACCAGGUAAAGUGUUGAACACAGAUCUGCGUCAUUACCUCAGCCUGCAGUUCCAGAAAGGCUCUUUGGACCACAAGCUCCAGCAGGUGAUCAGAGAUAAUCUGUACCUGCGCACCAUUCCCUGUACCACGAGGCAGCCUCGUGAAGGGGAGGUUCCAGGAGUGGACUAUAAUUUCAUCAGCGUGGGGGAGUUUCGUGUGCUGGAGGAGAGUGGUCUGCUACUGGAGAGUGGAACAUAUGAUGGUAAUUACUAUGGCACUCCAAAGCCACCUGCAGAGCCCAGUCCAGUGCAGCCCGACCUGGUGGACCAGGUUCUGUUUGACGAGGAGUUUGACGCCGAGGUCCAGCGCAAACGCACCACGUCUGUCAGCAAAAUGGAUAGAAAGGACAGCGCAGCUCCUGAGGAAGAGGAGGAGGAUGAGAGGCCACCCAUGGUCAAUGGGCUAACAGAACACAAGGAGGGACCGGAGUGGAGGAAAGCUGUGCCCAGCUACACACAGUCCAGUAGCAGCAUGGACUUCCGCAACUGGAACACGCUGCCACAUGAUGAGAGCCAGGAGCCUCUGCCCAAGAACUGGGAGAUGGCCUAUACGGAGACGGGCAUGGUCUACUUUAUAGAUCAUAAUACCAAGACCACGACCUGGCUCGAUCCACGACUGGCAAAGAAAGCCAAGCCUCCUGAAAAAUGUGAGGAUGGAGAGCUUCCAUAUGGUUGGGAGAAGAUUGAGGACCCGCAGUACGGGACUUAUUAUGUGGACCACAUCAACCAGAAGACUCAGUUUGAGAAUCCAGUGCAGGAAGCCAAGAAGAAACUCAGCCAGGAUGCGUCUCCAACCAGUCAGCCAAUAGCAGCGGCCGCAGGAGCAGUACCAACGCCCUUAAAUGAAGCUGGUUUAAGGGUGUUCACACGGGACCCAUCUCAGCUGCAGGGUGCUAUCCUGCACACAUCUCUGAAGAAGAGCCCUCAGGGCUUUGGUUUCACCAUCAUCGGUGGAGACAGACCAGAUGAAUUCCUUCAAGUGAAGAACGUCCUGAGAGAUGGACCUGCUGCACACGAUAACAAAAUCGCUUCGGGUGAUGUUAUAGUGGACAUAAAUGGUACAUGUGUGCUGGGCAAGACCCAUGCAGAUGUUGUCCAGAUGUUCCAGUCCAUUCCUGUAAACCAAUAUGUGGAUAUGGUCCUGUGUCGCGGAUACCCACUGCCAGAGGACACUAAUUCCAGUGAAGAGGGCACAGGCGACAUAAUAUCUGCUGUGCCGGGAAUUGACGGACAACCCAUUCAUUCAGACGGGACCCCUUCCAUGCAGGACCUCCAUUACAUGACCACCGAUGGUAGACAUCCUGCUGCAGCAAUGCCCAACGGACGCUACCCAGAGGCGGGAGACACCACCCUGCUGCAGCCUGAGCUGGUCAGCGUGCCUUUGGUAAAGGGGCCAAGUGGAUUCGGCUUCGCCAUCGCAGACUGUCCACUGGGCCAGAAGGUGAAGAUGAUUCUGGACGCGCAGUGGUGCCGAGGUCUGCUGAAGGGGGAUGUGAUAAAGGAAAUUAACAGACAGAAUGUUCAAACUCUCACCCAUGCGCAGGUGGUGGACAUCCUCAAAGACCAGCCCAUGGGCAGCGAGGUCAAUGUGCUGGUGCUCAGAGGAGGUCAGACCUCUCCCGUGAAGUCUCUGAAACCUAUCACUCCAGCUAUUCCCAGUACCCAGAAGCAGGAAAUUGCCACCAGUUCUGUCAGUACUGAAACUCCCAGUGCGGCUGAGCCUGGGCCCCAGUCCCUUCCAUUCCCUCCUCAUGCCAUCCGCUCCAGCUCCCCAAAACUGGACCCGUCUGAGCUCUACCUCAAGUCUAAAGCCCUGCUAGACAGCAAACCCAUCAACACUAAAGAACUGGACGUGUUUAUCAGGAGGAACCAGGAGACUGGAUUUGGGUUCAGAGUGCUGGGUGGAGAAGGACCGGAUCAGCCAGUGUACAUUGGUGCCAUUGUUCCUCUGGGCGCUGCAGAAAAGGACGGGCGUCUGCGACCUGGAGAUGAGCUCAUCUGUAUUGAUGGCGUUCCUGUCAAAGGCAAAUCUCACAAACAAGUUCUGGAGCUCAUGACCAACGCCGCCCGCAACGGGCAGGUGAUGUUGACCGUGCGCAGAAAGCUCACCUCUCCAGAAAGAGAGGAAGAUGAUGGGGGUCAACCACAGGUCCCACAUGCUCCAGCGCUGGUCAACGGCUCUCCCAAACCACCCCUCAUCGAGGUGUCCAGCCACAGCCACCCUCAGCCCUACGACAUCACUCUUCAGCGCAAGGACAACGAGGGCUUCGGAUUCGUCAUCCUCACCUCUAAAAACAAGCCUCCGCCUGGAGUUAUCCCACAUAAGAUUGGUCGCAUCAUAGACGGCAGUCCCACAGACCGCUGCGGUCGGCUAAAAGUGGGUGACCGCAUCUCUGCUGUGAAUGGCCAGUCAAUUAUUGAGCUGUCUCAUAACGACAUUGUGCAGCUCAUCAAAGAAGCUGGAAAUGCUGUUACCCUCACGGUGGUGCCUGAGGAGGAACACAGUGGACCUCCGUCUGGCACUAGUUCAGCCAAGCAGAGCCAUCUUCCCCAGCACCGAGCCGUGGGACAGCAGCCUGCCAACCGAGAUGACAGGAAUGGCGUAGAACGGAAGAGAGGAAAGACGCGGAAUACAAAUCAGUCGUCUCCUCAGGACCAAAGCAGGGUGGGAGAUCAGAUUGUGGAGAUCAACGGUGAACCCACACAGGGCAUUACACACACACGGGCCAUUGAGCUCAUCCAGGCCGGGGGCAAUAAAGUGGUGCUGCUUUUGAGGCCCGGACUUGGCCUGGUGCCUGAUCAUAAUGUUAAAGAUACAAUGACAGGUCCAUCUGCAAACUCUCCAAGGUAUUCUGCAUCCAAUGAGCCGUCGACACCAGCUUCUUCAUCCUUCAUCUCUCACUCCCCUGAGGUCAACCCCUCUCCACCCGAGGAGCUCUUCUUCGACCCGGUGGCUGUUUCGCACAGACAACUUCACCAACAUUACAGAGACGCCAAAAAGCAAACAAGAAAGAGCGACCCAAGCAUGGGUCAUGACAGUUUUACACUCCCCCAGAGACAGGAUGGGAAAGAACGCCCAGGGAGUCCAAAAAAGACUCUAAACAUGGACAACAAGAAUGAUCCUAGUGGACAAGAAGCUAGAUCCCCAAGCCCCAGGAAGACCAAGAAGGAAAAUGCUGGGAUCAGACAGGAGUUGCCUCAAAAAGCCACUGAUGGAUUGAAGCCUGGAAGUAGAUACAAAGACGAGGACACUAUGCACAAGCAGGACAGGGAAACAGGAGAAAUCAGACCUGAGGUCUCAAGAGGUGGCAAGACAGCAGAACCUCAGCGGUCUGAAAGCGGUACCCUCAACCGGAAGGACCACAGAGGACGAGACAGGCCUCGAGGGGAAGAGGAUAUCGAGGGUGUCCCUCAAGAGACUCCCCAGAAUGGGAACCCUACCAACAAGAGAGCACCUAUAACCCCAGGCCCCUGGAAGGUGCCCAGCUCUGCAAGGAUUCAACCUCCAGUGCAUAGAGUCUAAUGCGUUUGGGAGCAGUUAUUGAUGUCCACCAACAAUACGAACCUCAGUUUUGUUUUGUGCCAAUCAGACUGCAGCUACAAACUUGUCCAUGUCCCUUUGUUCCUGUGGCGAUAACAUGAAGGAUGCUUUUCUGUGAAGGUUUAAAAUUGUCUAUUAAUGUGUAUUAAAAAGAUAGUUCGCCAAAAAAAUUAAUAGUCUGUCAGCAUUUAUCAGCCGCCUUGAUGUUAAAAAUCCGGUAUGACUGCAAAACAAAAGAAGAUAUUUUGAAGGAUGUUUGCCACUAAACCAAUUUGGUUACCAUUGACUUCUAUUGUAUGGACCAUAAAAUCUUUGAACGUCCACGGAAGACAGACAGACACACAGUGCUGAAAUAACAUGAUGAUAAGUGGAUGGCGACAACAUUUUUGAGUAAACCAUCCCUUUAAUUUUCCAUCUUUGAUUCGCCGCAUGUCCUUACAAUGACUUUUCCAGUGAUGCAACUGUCCUCAAGAUCCAGUCCUGAGAAGUGACUUUGUGUAGACUGUGCAUUAUUUUUCUUUUGGCGAUGAAUUUCUGACAUAUCCAUCUUUAAAAGACCAGAAACUUGUGGUUAAGUAUACUGUUUACUACUUGUGUGUUGAUAAAGACGCAUAUGUAAUUUAUUCAAAUGAUUAUGAUGAUAUAAACAUAUACAUGUAUAGAGGUAUAGAUAUUUGUAUCCAUUCUGAUACAUCUUUCGGCUUCCUAACAAACAUAUUUUUUCACAGUGCUAUAGCUUUUACAGUUAAUCUCGGUGGAGCAUAUGCAAGGUUGUACAUUUGGGAUCAAAUGUUUGCUCAUAUCAUUAGAAGGUGAAGCAGAACUAUAGGAGAAAUUCAGAUAUAUUUUUGCAUACUAUCCAAUCAAACAUUAUAUUUUUCUUAUUCUUUUUAGCACAUAGAAUGAUUCAUACUGCAUUGUUUUCUCAAUAUUGGGACUUCAUAUUAAUUUAAAGUGUCUUUAUGCAUCUUUCAGACCAUCCUAUUAAAUGUCAAGAUGCUGUCUUAUAUCCAAGGGAAAUGUAGCUCUGAAUUAUGUACCAAACAAUUUGGAUGUUAUUCAUCAGGUUCUUAAAGCCUCAAACAACUGGCACAGAUUCAGACACAAGAUAUAACAAUGUCCAAUAUCUUUUUUCCUUAACAAUAUUUUUGAAAUACCAUAAAUAUUAAGUGUCCAUAUGGGCAGAGCAGACAUCAGUCAAACAUUACAUAUGCUACAGCGCUUCUAUAAUUUGUCAUGAUGAAACAUGUGAAUACUUUUGUAAUAAGGUUUAUGAUUGCUUCUUGAUCAUUAAACGGGUCGUGAACUUCCUAUUUUUAUUUUGUAUGGUUCUCUGAUGGCCACUUAUAAUGUUAUCAAGAUUUUUACAUCAAAAACAUCAUAAUUUAGCAGUAAUAGGCUAUUUUCUGUCCUGUUUUGACCCCCCUCAUCAGAACGCUCUGUUUGAAUUCACUGGCUUCAAUAUAAGCGGUUUUUAGAAUCAUGAAGUUUUGAGUUCUGAAACUUGCAGGAUUUUUUUAUAGUACAUCAGCCUCUUAUGUCAAAAGAUCAAGGGAAUUUUGAUUUCUCAGUUUAUGACCCUUUUAAUCUCAAAACUUUUGUAGCUUGUUUCUCAAGUGCAAUGAUCCUCAAAUUUGGAUACACUUUCCUGCAGAGUUUAGCUCCAAACCUAAUAAAACGAACCUACCUGUGAUUUUCUAAUGAUUCUGAAGACACUGAUUAGCAAACUCAGGGUUGUUUGAUUAGGGUUAGAGCUAAACUCUGCAGGAAAGUGGAUCUCGCGAGCCAUAUUUGAGGGUCACUGCUCUAGUGCAUCUCAUGUCAUGAGGAUGUGUAUGAUACUGUGGCCUUGCAUUGCUUUAUCUUACACAAAAAAGCCUUGUGGUCUCUACAUUGUGGUAGUUGUAAAUGUUUAUAUAAAAAAAAAUGAUACAAUGUACAGCACCUGUAUAAAAUUGCCUUUGUGAGGGGAAAAACAAGAAAAAAAAUCUAUAAAUCGCCCUAUUAUUUUUUUAAGUAAUUGAGAGUAUAAGCAUAUAUAUAGAGAGAGCGAGUGGUUAAAGAAAUGAAUCUGGUCAUGACCUUCUUUUCAUGCACUGAUGAAUAAAGAUUUACUGAAA